AUGGCUCCGCUUGGUCUGGUUGCUGAACCUGAUGAGGACUUGGUCGAGGUGUGUGUGGUCGCGUUGAGUGGACAAGACAUCAUCAAGUUCAAGGUACCCAGAAAUACCCAUGCUGAGGACCUCUAUGACAUGGCCGGCGGUUCCUUUGCUUCGGGCAUUUGCUUCAAGUUGUCUUUUCAGGACCAAGUUCUGGAGAGAAAUGUGGACCAGCCUUUCCGAACUGCGACGUCUCCAGCGGUGCUGAAUUUCACAGCAGGAUGGCAUAGCCGCGCAUCUGCAAAAAGCCUCCUUGUGGAUGGAGGUGGUCUCAUCAACUUGGUCCGACGAGGGCGCCACAAGCUGGCUCACGGCAUCUUAGUGAAUAGCUCUGAGGACCUGAUGAAGCCUGAGCUUUUGUCCUGGGUGGCCUACACCUCUGGAGGAGCUGGUCCAGGGACACGUCCUAAUGGAUGUCCAGCUCCUGGUGCUUUGCGGCUGCUGUGGCACGUCAUCAAGCAGCGGUCUGGGCAGGCUAGAUGCCGUGAUCCUGACACAGGCAAGCUGCCUUUGCACGAUGCGGCAUGGGGCCACGCUCCACCAGAGGUAGCCAUUUUGCUGGCUGCUUGCUUUCCUGCAGGGCUGAAGGACCGCCGCAACCGCAGUCUGGAAUCUCCAGAGGACUUGGGGCGAUAUGUGCAUUCGAACUUCUCGUGGCCAUCUACUGAUCAGUUAGAGGUGCACUUGGAUUGGCUGUUUUGUUUUGUUUUGUCGGGUGUUUUUUAG